AUGGCAGUUGUGUUCUUUGGUGGAGAUGUGCAGGACUUUCCUGAGAACAUGGAAAAUCAUAGAGAUAACAAGAAUUAUGUGAAAUGGAACCUGGAAAGUACUGCUGUGUUGCUUCAUACUUAUUUUCCUGAUAGUCAUGUUGUAGUAGUGAGACCAUCAAGAUUGACUGCUCCUAAACUUGCAACAUUCAUGGAAUUUGUCUCAUCAGAAAUGGAUCAAAACAGGAUGGAGUUUAAGACAUUUAGUUGUUAUGACAACUUUGUACCUUGCAACAACUGUGGAGCCCCAGAUCAUACACCUACUCACUAUGCAUUACAACACCUGGAGCGGCUGCUGCAGGGUAUCUCACAGCGUCUUCGCACUAUGCCUGCUUCUGAAUUGCUUCCUCCAGCGACAAAUGAGCCAUCACCACCUACAGAGGAAGCUGUCACUGAUGGGGAUGGCUUGCAGACACAAGAGGAGGAUGAUGAAGAUAUGACCCCAUUAUGGUGGAGAGAAGGUCUCAACUUGGAUAAAGCUCACCUUGUGCUUAUAGGGUUUAGUAAAGGUUGUGUGGUCUUGAACCAGUUUAUCUAUGAAUUCCAUUAUCUCAAGACCCUGACCCCAGAUGAUGAUACAAUGAUGAGACUUGUGUCAAGAAUACAGGAUAUGUAUUGGUUGGAUGGUGGGCAUGCAGGUGGCAAAAACACAUGGAUCACUUCCAGAAGUCUUCUAGAGACUCUUACACGUUUAGGAAUUGGUAUUCACAUCCAUGUGACUCCAUAUCAAGUACAUGAUGAGCGCCGCCCAUGGAUUCGCAAGGAGGAAAAAGCAUUUGGUGACUUGCUAAGAAGGUUAGGAGCCCCUGUCCACAGAACCUUGCAUUUUGAAAAUCAAGUUGCAAGUCUGUACACACAUUUUGAGGUGCUUAAUGCCUUUCGGCAGGCUGCCAAGUGAGUUAUUUCUUUCUAAGUACUAAAAUGUGAUGAGAGGAAAUUAUCCCCGCAACGUCCGUAACAACGUGGCUUACCUUACCAAAUGGUAAGUUUCCAUUAGUUCACAGAUCUUCAAAAGUGAGUUCAAGAUACAAUGUAUAGUAUGAUUGAAUGAUCAGGUUUUCCUGGUUGCACUCGUAUUGUACCUAUAUACUGUGAU